GCCCGGGCGCACACCAAAGCUUCCAGCGCAGAUUUCCAUUCUUUUGCUGCUGGCUUUUGCAAAUCCGGAACGUGCUCCUACUACCUCUGGUGCUGCUUCUUUGCCCGGAGGAAGCCACCCCGUCUUCGCUGGGCCCUGCUGCUCUUUGCAACCCCCCAACCCCCCAGGCUGGCAAACGCCCAGCAUGAGAGGCGAAGGAGGAGUCUGCAAGGGAGGAGUCGCUGUCUGCUCUGCAAUCGGGCAGCAGCAGCAGCGAACGGGGGGUGAACCGCUUUCCGCCUGUCUGGUCUCUUCCCUCGCUCGCUUUGCGUCUCCCUCGAAGAUUGCCCCGGUGUUUCUUCCGUGCCGAGGCACCGAUCUAGACACAGGCAAGAUUUGUCCAGUCCAGUGACUGCUGAGGAUGGCAGAAGAGGUCAUCGUGCCCGUUUACUGUACUGGAGUCUCAGCACAGGUCCAGAAGCAGCGGGCAAAGGAACUGGGGUUGGGGAAACACGAGAAUGCAGUGAAGUACCUCGGUCAGGACUUUGAGAGGAUUCGGAACGAAUGUUUGCAGAAUGGAGCUCUUUUCCGGGAUGACACUUUCCCUCCUACGGCUUCCUCCCUGGGUUUCAAAGAAUUGGGACCAAAUUCGUCUAAAACAUAUGGAGUCAAGUGGAAACGUCCUACGGAAAUGUGCCGCAACCCACUCUUCAUUGUGGAUGGCGCCACCCGUACAGAUGUCUGUCAGGGAGCUCUGGGUGACUGUUGGCUCCUGGCUGCUAUCGCCUCGCUCACACUGAACGAUUCUCUACUCCAUCGCGUGGUCCCCCAUGGACAGAGCUUCCAAAAUGGGUAUGCUGGCCUUUUCCACUUCCAGAUCUGGCAAUUUGGCGAGUGGGUAGAGGUGGUGGUGGAUGAUCUCCUCCCAACAAAGGACGGCAAGUUGGUGUUUGUGCACUCUGCAGAAGGCAAUGAGUUCUGGAGUGCCCUGCUCGAGAAGGCUUAUGCCAAAGUAAAUGGCUGCUAUGAAGCCCUGUCUGGGGGAAGCACUUCAGAAGGAUUUGAAGACUUCACCGGAGGUGUUACUGAGUGGUAUGAGCUCCGAAAGGCCCCUAGUGAUCUCUUCCUGAUCAUUAAAAAGGCCCUGGAGAAGGGGUCUCUCCUGGGUUGCUCCAUUGAUAUCACAAGUGCUUUUGACAUGGAAGCCGUCACAUUUAAGAAGCUGGUGAAAGGCCAUGCCUAUUCUGUUACUGGAGCUGAGGAGAUCAACUACCGAGGACAGAGGGCUAAUUUGAUAAGGAUACGAAACCCUUGGGGAGAGGUGGAAUGGACUGGCGCUUGGAGUGACAAUUCUGGGGAGUGGAAUGCGAUAGAACCCUCUUUGGGGCAGCAGCUGAGAAUUAAAAUGGAAGACGGGGAAUUCUGGAUGUCUUUCCAGGACUUCCUCCGGGAAUUCACCCGCCUUGAGAUCUGCAACCUUACUCCAGAUGCACUGAAGUCACGCAAAGUCCGAAAGUGGAAUACCACACUGUAUGAUGGGACUUGGCGGCGGGGGAGCACAGCGGGGGGCUGCAGGAAUUAUCCAGCUACAUUCUGGAUUAACCCCCAGUUUAAAAUCCGUCUCGAAGAGGUUGACGAUGAUGACGAUGAUGGGAGAAGAGAAUCAGGGUGCAGUUUCCUUUUGGCACUGAUGCAGAAGCACCGGCGCCGGGAGAGGCGACUUGGGAAAGACAUGGAGACCAUUGGUUUCGCCGUCUAUGAGGUACCCCCUGAGUUUGUGGGUCAGACCUCAGUCCACCUGAAGAGAGACUUCUUCCUGUCAAACUCCUCAAGGGCCCGCUCAGAGCAGUUCAUCAACUUGCGUGAAGUCAGCACGCGUUUCAAGCUGCCGCCGGGCGAGUACAUUGUGGUGCCUUCCACCUUUGAGCCUAACAAGGAAGGGGACUUUGCACUCCGGGUCUUUUCUGAGAAGAAAGCUGGGACAGUGGAAAUGGAUGAUCAGAUUCAGGCUACGUUGCCAGACGAGAAAGUGCUUUCGGAGGGAGAAAUUGAUGACGGUUUUAAGCAGCUCUUCAGGCAGCUGGCUGGAGCGGAUAUGGAAAUAAGCGUUCGUGAACUACAGACCAUCCUCAACAGGAUCAUGGGCAAACAUAAAGACCUUCGGUCAAAAGGUUUCAGCAUAGAGUCCUGCCGAAGCAUGGUGAAUCUCAUGGAUAGGGAUGGAAAUGGGAAACUUGGACUUGUGGAGUUCAACAUCCUGUGGACCAAAAUUAAGAACUAUUUGGCUGUCUUCAGAAAGUUUGACCUUGAUAAGUCAGGAAGCAUGAGUGCCUAUGAAAUGCGGAUGGCUUUAGAGUCUGCAGGCUUCAAGCUCAACAAGAAGCUCUAUGAGCUGAUCAUCACCCGCUACGCUGAGCCUGACUUGGCCAUCGACUUUGACAAUUUUGUUUGCUGUUUAGUGCGGCUCGAAACCAUGUUCCGGUUUUUCCAAGCUCUGGACACUGACAAGGAUGGAAUUGUCACCUUUGAUUUGUUUAAGUGGUUACAGCUGACCAUGUUUGCCUGAAGAAGACGUGGAGCCAGUCCUGCACGGCUGUCAGGCCUUCCUUCUUCCUGUUUGUUACCUGCAAGUGCCUUGCAUCCGCACGUGGUCGCUUCUUGCUUGAUGACACCUCUCCCUCCAGUAAAGUUUCCCCCUUUCCACAUGCACCACCUUGCCUCGUUUGCCUCACGUGCCAGGUGGACUCUCUCGGCUGCCACCAUUGUGCCUGGUUACUCGUGAUUUCAGAAGCCUUUCAAGUUCACCACCACGUGAAACCAUGUUUUGCUUUGGAUAAUCCGCAGCAGCAGAGUCUUGGGCAAGAACAGUGCGGUGCCAAAGCUUCAGGCAGGCCUUCUUGCUUGAUCACAGGCAAGUCUUUAAACGGAGUGUAUCACAGUGCCAACAUGACUGAUGCCAACUCUGGGCAAGAGUUGUCACACUGGGCACGGCCGUGUAUGCCAUGAAAAUGCUGGAUGCCAAUGGUCAAUCUGUGGACUUCUUUUGUGCUGUUUUCUGCUGUCAUGGUUUGGCUGGACUUCUGUAAUUUCUGUGUUCUUGAGAAGUGUGUGAUGAAAGGGCCAGAUCACAGCCAAAGAGGCAUUAUUGUUUUUUUAAAAUGUCUAAUAGGUUGUUUUAAAACAUGUCUUCUAAACUGGCCCACCAAAAUGCACCUCUCUCUGUCAUUAUAAAGAUGGGUGCCAAGACUUCCACCAUAUUCCCAGAUGCUUCCCAUAUUUCCAGUCGGCAGUCACACAGCAACCUGGCUCAUGCCAACCCUAUAAUUACAGCCAAGUGUUCUGGGAAUGCUCUACCCUCCAUGGCCUUAUUCCAUUCUUCCAGUAUCUAUCUUCAUCUCAUCUUUCCUGUGAAGAAUUCAGGACAUGAUCUGUGGUAUUCCUUUCCCAUUUUGCUAUCACCACUACCAUUUGAGGUAGAGUUAGGCUGAAAGGUCACUCGGGUCCUAGCCUUUCGCUUGCCUCUUAGGCUUCUGUGCUGUUUUUAUUUUACUGUUGGACAAUGAAAUGCCUACUAAAUUUUGAGCCCUCGCAUCAAUGGCAAGGACUUUCUUCUUCUAGUGCCAGAGUCAUUUUCUUUUCAUUGUGCACGUUUAGGCUUCUAGUAUAUUGCCUGUUCACAAACACACAUUGGAGCCCUGAGGUCUGGCAAGGGAAUCUUUUCUUAGGAAUAGUCCUUGUCCAAGUGGGCCGGUCUUUUGUUCUUAUGAGAAAGUCCGAGUCAUGGUGUGUGCAGUGUGUUCCCUGCCACAAUCAAUUUGGGUUGCCUUUGGCAUCUUUAAUAAUCUGCUUUUUAACUUGUCACUCAAAUGGCUCUGUGGAGUCACUGAAGAGUUAUUCUGAGAAACUGGCUAAAUCCUGACCACACCUGUCAAGGUUCUGCUUCUCAUCACUGGCAAAAUAGUUAUUUUUAUAUGUUCUUCUCCCUUU